AUGAGUUCUUCGGAUAUCUACUAUAACAAGUGCGAUGUCAACAACAACACAUGCGAGACCAUAUCACCAAAAGGAAUACUAGGGCGGGAAGUUAAUUGCCUGGCGAACUUCGUUCCUUUGCAAAAUACCGGAAAUGCCUCUGAACUAAUAUAUCAGUAUCAUAUUAGUUAUCAUCCAGAGGUAGACAGCAAGAAGUUUCGCAUGGCAAUCCUCCGACAAGAAGUCUUCCACGAUAUCAUCGAAGAGGAUUUUAUUUUUGAUGGGAUGAUUUUGUAUCUCCCCAAAUGUAAUCCACGAGAGGUCGUUGUGGACGCUCAUCAUCCAGAAUCAAAGCAAAGAAUAUCAGUCCGAAUCAAGCCCAAUGUCAUGUUCGAAAGAAAUGCUCCCCAAGCUAUUACCUGCUAUAAUAUAAUUUUACGAAGAUGUCUCGAGUUAGUAGGCUUCAAGCAACUCUGCAGACAUUUCUAUAACCCAGCUCAAGCGACGAAAGUUACAAACUACGAUUUGGAAGUAUGGUCCGGCUAUGAAACUGCAAUUAAACAAUAUGAAAACGAUCUGAUGUUGUGUAUUGAAAACAGAUUCAAGGUCCUUCGUACCAAAACGUUUUUAGAUAUACUGAAUGAAGAGAAACUCACUUGUAACAAUAAACAACAAUACCAGAUGAAAUGCGAAGAGAAAUUCGAGGGUCAAACUCUGGUCACCUAUUAUAAUAACAGGAUGAAAAGAAUAUCAACCAUAGAGUGGGAUUUGAACCCGACAACGCGGUUCGUUAUGGCCGAUGGCCAAUCGCUUUCUCUGGUUGAUUAUUAUGAGCAGCAAUAUGGUCGUAAAAUAACUGACAUGAGUCAACCAAUCAUCACUUGUGAAACUAAAAUGCAGCCCAACUGUAAUGAAAAACAGAAGAUCUUCCUUGUCCCGGAGCUCUGCCAGCCUACAGGAAUAACAGAUGAAAUGCUGAAAGAUCGUCGAAUCAUGAGAGCUCUUGCCGUACACAUGCGGCUGGAUCCGUCUGCAAGAGUCAAACUUGCUUUACAACUUGUUCGAACCAUCAAGAAAAAUGAGAAAUGCUGCAACUUAUUAAGCAAGUGGAAGAUUCAAUUAAGUGACCAUUUGGUUAAGCUUUCCGCCAGAGUACUGCCCCCGGAAUAUAUCGUAACAGCUAGUCGGAGUGGAAUGACUGAUGAAAGUGUUGAAUGGUCUAGAAGAAUGAAACGCGAAGGACUGCUAAGAUCAGUUGACUUGCGUAACUGGGCAGUAGUUUGUCCAGAAACCUCAGAUAAGGUCGAACUUGUCAAUAGAUUCAUUGAUCAUGUGCAAAGAAUGGCACGUGAAAUGGGAAUAGCGGUUCGCUAUCCACUUUGUAUACCAGUCAAAGGAGUCACCCCUAAUAGUUAUCUCAGUGCGAUUGAGGAAAUCAUAGAAAUGUGUGGCCCUGAUGGUAGAGAUAUGCAAGUGAUGGUAAUUUUCCUCACCAAUGAAGCUAAAACUACUUAUGACACUGUAAAGAAAUAUCUGAGCGUUCAAAAUGCAGUUCCUUCUCAAUUCGUUCUUCUGAACACCCUCUCCGGAAAACCUAACGAAGGAGGAGAAAACAAAAAUUUCUCAUCUAUUGUUCUGAAAAUCUUCCAGCAAAUCAUGUGCAAAGUUGGUGGAGCUCUUUGGAAAGUCAGAAUUCCUCUCAAAGACUCGAUUUUGAUUGGAUAUGAUCUUUAUCAUGACUCUUCUCUAAGAGGAAAAACCAUCGGCGCUUGUGUAUCAACUACUGAUAACGAAUUCACACAGUUUUAUUCUCAAACUGCACCUCAUGAGAACUUCGCACAACUAGGUCAUAACUUGAUAGUCUUCGUUCGAAGAUCUCUUCAAGCUUACUACCAGAAUAACGAUGGGUGUUUACCUUCUCGUUUAUUCCUGUACAGAGACGGUGUAGGAGACGGACAGGUUCCGUUAGUGAAAAGAGAGGAGGUUGAUGCUGUUGUGGAAGAAUUGAGAAAAAUUUGCUCCAGUGUGGGAUAUCCUGAAGAUCAUAUAAGACUUGCAUUCUAUAUUGUAACAAAAAAGGUCAACAUGAGAUUCUACAAAGUGGGCAACGACGUAUAUAAGUUCUACAAUCCGGAGCCUGGAACUGUGGUUGACGCUCUCGUAACGAGACCUGAUCGUCGUGACUUCUUCCUUGUACCACAGUUUGUGAACCAGGGAACUGUCACACCCGUGUAUUAUAAUAUUCUCUACGAUACAACAGGAUUGUCAAUUGAUAAGCACGAACUGCUUUCGUACAAACUUUGUCAUAUGUAUUACAAUUGGCAAGGCACUGUUAGAGUGCCUGCACUGUGUCAGUAUGCUCAUAAGCUCGCCUUCUUCGUAGCCCAAUCCCUUCAUAGACAAGCACAUCCUGAUCUUAACAAAUACUUAUACUUUUUAUAG